UUCGUGAUCCAUCAAGUGUUGGUGUGGCCCAGCAUCUCACUAACACGGUUUUUAUUGACAGAGCUCUGAUAGUAGUCCCUUGUGCAGAAGAUGACUAGACUGGCCAAGGCAGACCUGUUACACUUGCCUGAGUUAGGCAUUGUUUGCCAUGCCACUAAACCUGCCGCCAAGUGAAACCUUCAUUGGGGAAAUGAGAUCGGAGUCUGAACCGCAGAAGAUGGACGCCCUGUCUCUGUUUUUUAUUGUUUUACUUUAAUUUCAUUUCUUUUCCUUUAUUUUGUCCCCCCCCUUUUUUGUUUUUGUUUUUGUUUUGUUAAAUCUCUUUCACUUUAACUUGUGAGCUGGUUUUUCCAGUUCUUUGUAAAUGAUAUUCCAUUUAAGGUUCAUAACAUUGUGUUGCAGAUUAUAUUGAGAGAUGAUUAGCAGAGCUCAACCUUCAGAUAAAAUAAAUUUUCAUGUAGCAAAUUAGAGGACACUGUUGUGAAGCUCAGUGUGAGUCUUAAUUGGUGUUUAUCAUAAAGACCGAUCAGGUACAUUUUGUUCUUGAAAUAUCAAAACACUGGUAAGAAUCCUAGGAACACUUUUGAACUUAAUGAAGCAUUUUUGUAGUUUACACCCCUAUGUGUUUGCAUCUGUCAGGAAAAUCAUCUUAAAAGCUCCUCAUUUUUAUCCUUCCCCUUAGAAUUUUAAGGAUAAACAAUAAUCAAGGAAAGUAAGAAACUUUUAUAUAUAUAUAUCACAGUAUAUACUUAUAUCUUGAGCGUAGGAGAAGAGUCUUUUGUCUAUAAGAAUGCAUUUCAUUAACUUGGGAAGAUUUUGAGCUGCUUAUUUGGGGAAUGGAUAUUUGAGGAGCUGUGAUUUACUUGUGUGUGUGUGUAUUGCUUAAAUCUUUCGUUGACACAUUUUCAGGUUACUAGUUUCUGAAUGGAUUCUGAGAUUUGGAUUAGUACUAUCAUACUGAGGGAUUUGAUUUUUAUCUAAGUUUUCUUUGAGGAGUAUAGUUUAGGAAAAAUGCUAAAGACUAACUUACAUAAUUUCUAUCCUCUGAUAGUCUCAUAGUAUUUAGAGAUAAAUAGACUUGUACCUUAGAAAUUAGCAGUGGAAAUUAUGUUUCUGUUUUUAAGCACCUUUAAUUGUAAUGAGAAUAAGAAAAAGGUGUUACUGUGUUUACUUAAAGAUUUAAAUAGUUGAUCACUACCACCACAAGAGGCAAACAGGUCUACUCUUUCAGUUAUGAAAGCCAUAGCUGAAAGACUAGAAUAUUAAGAAAUCAACUUUUGGCUUGUUUUAAAUAAUCAUUUUCUUUGUCCUAUAGAUACUUUUGUUUAUUAAUUGAGAAGUAAUACUAAAUUUGUAGCAUUUCUAGAUUGGAACUCUUAAUUUUUUUUUUUUAGGUACUGUUUAUUAGGGUAGUAAAACAUAGGGUGGUUAGCACUCAAGGACCUUAGUUGAUUUAUCAAAUUUGUACUUAAGGAAGAAUACUUUUUUAUAAUGGCUAAUCAGUUCUGAUUUAAAUAGGUAUAUAGAGAUAUAUGCUAAUGUUAGUUACUAAUUAAACAAAUUGUUAAUUGAUGUCUUCAGUAAGGUCUACCUCUUUAUGCAUGUUUAAAAAUCUGUGCUUAUGCGGAAUUAACAUUGAAAAAGUAACUUUGUUUUUUAAUUAGUAAAUUAAAGUAGUACAGAUUUAGAUUUUACCACACUUAGAAAAAAGUAGACAUUUGCUAAAGCUAAUGAACUGUUGCUUUUAUUUAUUCUGUUCCUCUAAAUAAGGCAUUACCAUUAUUUAAAGCAACUUUAAAAAUCCGUUUUGAGUUACAUUCAUGUUUAUAGAUAGAUUCAGAUAAUAUUUACUUAGUGGUUUACCCUUGCACUUCUGGUGGUUUUAAAUAGGCUUUUGUCAUUAAAACCCAGCAUGGCAUUUUAAAAAAUUUGCUCCAUGUGCUAUAUAUAGUUUAGUAUGAUUUUGGUACUCUUUUAAAUCAUUCUUAGAGAACUCGUAUGAGUUGUUCUGCUAAAAUAUCUAUUGUUAGAUAGUUUUAUAAGAAAAAAAUUGGGUAAUAAAAAUGUAAAAAUUGUAGUUCUUGUAAAAAUUAGGAGUUCAGUAAUUAAACCACAAAUUGAUGUACUUAUUUCAGAGUAUAAUUUUCCUUUAAAAAAAAAAAGAAAAAUUUCCUUUUAUUGACCUGUAGGUUUUUUUUUCCUACGAAGUGUUCUAAGAUUAUUUUAGUGUUACUGUUACCAUAUUAACAGAUAAAAUGUUUAUAAACAAGACAUUUAGCCAGUAACUAUUUCUACUUCAGAUAAGUAUACAUAAAUCAGGUAUAAAAUAUAACAUUUUAAGAAAGAAAGAACCUGAAAGUAGGGAACUUUUUUGAUUGCUGAUCUUAAAAAAAAAAAAAAAAUUAGCCAUUCCCAAGACUUGGAGUCUUGGAGAAUCCUUUUAGGCAUCAAUUAUACGAAGGGGUUCCAGAAAGUUCAUGGGAAAAGGCCAUUAUCUUUCAACUCCCAUUUUUAUGCACACUUUGUGAAGCCCCUCGCUUUACUGGUUAUGCCUUAUUAGCUGAAUGGAUGUGGUCGACCUUUUAAAAUGAACGUGGUUGCAGAAGUAGGCUUUUGUUUUUCUUCUAUCUACUAAAAUUAAAUGAUUCAUUUGUGGGGCGGGGGUUAUCAAAAUUGUUUACAUCACAAGGAGACUUAGUAAUAGGAUAGGGAACUCAUUAAGGAACAAAUUUCAAUUCGCACAUAUUUGUUUUGUUUUGUUUUUUUCUUUUUUUGGACUAAUUUGGUUAUUUGCCAUUUCUGGGGAUUAAACUUUAAAAAAUGUUCUUCUUUUCUGUAUCUGAUGUUCUGUGUGCUAUUAGUGAUGCAGCCAACACGAACGGUUGUCAUGUGUAACACAACUUUCGAUCACCGCGAAAACACCGUCCUGGGAAAGCGUCCAUGCUUGAUAUCGUUUGGUUCAUGAACAUUAAGUUUCCAGUACAGGUAAAAUCCCAGAGGAAUCCAAAGCUCUUUCUUUGUUGGCUCCUGCUCCAACCAUGACAAGUCUGAUGCCUGGUGCAGGGUUGCUACCUAUACCGACCCCAAGCCCUCUGACUACACUUGGUGUUUCACUUAGCAGUUUGGGAGCUAUACCAGCAGCAGCGCUGGAUCCCAACAUUGCAACACUUGGAGAGAUACCGCAGCCACCACUCAUGGGAAAUGUGGAUCCUUCCAAAAUUGAUGAAAUUAGGAGAACAGUCUAUGUUGGAAAUUUGAAUUCCCAGACAACAACAGCUGAUCAACUACUUGAGUUUUUUAAACAAGUUGGAGAAGUGAAGUUUGUACGGAUGGCAGGUGAUGAGACUCAGCCAACUCGGUUUGCUUUUGUGGAAUUUGCAGACCAAAAUUCUGUACCAAGGGCCCUUGCUUUUAAUGGAGUUAUGUUUGGAGACAGGCCACUGAAAAUAAAUCACUCCAACAAUGCAAUAGUAAAACCCCCUGAGAUGACACCUCAGGCUGCAGCUAAGGAGUUAGAAGAAGUUAUGAAGCGUGUGCGAGAGGCCCAAUCAUUUAUCUCAGCAGCUAUUGAACCAGAGUCUGGAAAGAGCAGUGAAAGAAAAGGCGGUCGAUCUCGUUCGCACACUCGUUCAAAAUCCCGGUCUAGUUCAAAAUCCCAUUCUAGGAGGAAGAGAUCACAGUCUAAGCACAGGAGUAGAUCCCACAAUCGAUCUCGGUCAAGACAGAAAGACAGGCGUAGAUCUAAGAGCCCACAUAAAAAACGCUCUAAGUCAAGGGAAAGGCGGAAGUCGAGGAGUCGCUCACGUUCACGGGACAAGAAAAAAGACACUCGAGAAAAGAUGAAGGAAAAGGAAAGAGUGAAAGAAAAAGAUAGAGAAAAGGAAAGGGAAAAAGAGAGAGAGAGGGAGAAGGAGCGGGACAAAGACAAGGACCGGGGCAGAAACAAAGAGAAGGACCGGGAGAGAGAGCGGGAUAAAGAGCGUGAAAAGGAGCGAGACAAAGAGAAAGAAAAAGAACAGGACAAGGACAAGGACCGCGAAAAGGACAAGUCCAAAGAGGUAGAUGAGAAAAAAAAGAAGGAUAAAAAAUCCAGAACACCACCCAGAAGUUAUAAUCCAUCCAGAAGAUCUCGUAGUUCCAGCAGGGACAGGCGGCGGAGGAGGAGCAGGAGUACCUCUAGAUCACCAAGGGCUUCAAAAACCAUCAAACGGAAAUCUUCUAGGUCUCCAUCCCCGAGGAGCAGAAAUAAGAAAGAUAAGAAGAAAGAAAAAGAGAGGGACCACAUCAGUGAAAGAAGAGAGCGAGAACGUUCAACCUCUGCGAGAAAGAGUUCUAAUGACAAAGAUGUAAAGGAAAAGUUGGAAAAAAACAAUACGCCACUUAAAGAGAAGGAGCACAAUAAAGAACCAGACUUAAGUGCAGACAAAGAAGCUGAUGACAAGCAAACCCCAAGGACCGAGGAAAAUCCAGUACAGCAAAAUGGGAAUUGUCAGCCAAACGAAGAAAGCCCCUCUGCAAAAGUAGAAGCAGUAUAGAUCCACUUCUAAACUCAAUGCUGGAGUCAAAUCCAAAGCUUUAAUUCUUUCAACAAGAUGUAGACCGGUAGGAAAUCCAAUCAAACAUACAGAUAUGAGCUAACAGCUUUUUCAGUUGUUAGUUGACUUUGUGCCCAUCUUGUUACUGAGUAAGAAAAUAAAGCAUGGACAUCAUGAAAAUUACAGAAGUUACCCAAACUCCUCAUCUUCUGAAAUCUGUGCAUUUCCAUGGUGGUUGACAUACUUGUUGUGGUUUGUUCGUGUUUGCCAAGAAGGAUUGCAACUAAAUGGACUCUGAAAGAUCCAAACUUGUGCUCUCCAUGGAGACUAGAAGUCCGCAUUGAAGGCUCUUUCAAGAAAAAGCAAACAAACACGUUACUGAAUUUUGUAUUGUUUUACUUUUUUAAAAAUUUCGUUAUAUACAGUUUGAUGAUGUGCUUGAAAUGGUGCAAAUAUACCCACAUCCUUGUAAGUGCAAAGUAUGUACGAAGUUGUAACACUUCACAGGAUUUACAGUGAGUGUGUAAAAUUCUCACUAUUGUGUUUUCUUUUGCUUCCUGUUUAGGACAGUGGUUUUUCUUUAAAAUAGUUUUACAAACUAAAAUUGCUUAAAUAUGUGGAUUAGAAAACAACCGGCAAUGCAUGCUACUGUUCUGUUGCAAAAGGAAGAGCAAUUGUGUUGAAUACUAAUGGCAAAACAUUAGUAUUCAGUGUUUUGAAGAAUCAGUCUCCCCAUAAAGUGAGCAUUUCCCUUUGAACUUCCUUUACAUUUCCAAGCCUUUUAUGAAUAAUAUUACAGUGUGUCUUGUCAGCUGUAGGUGGCAAAGGCGCCCUUAUAAAAAGGAAACUGGGUUUUCAAAGUGGGCUUUGGGAGCACAAGCUGAAGCUUUAGUGCCUUCUAAAACGUGGUAUACUGUUUUUCUAGAGUUUUAUAUGUCCUAUUCGUUUCUUUAUUCACAUGGAACCUGGGUGGGCAUUCCAUUGGCACCCAUAGGGCAGUGUGUAACUGGUAUAUGUACCAGGAGCUUACUUAGCUUACCUUUGUGAGAGCGAAGUCUUGUUUUCAAGAAUGCCUAGAGCUCGAAACAGAAAUGCAGUUUUGGGACCAUCAGUUUUAUACUGUGAUCAUUGAAAAUGAAGCAUGUUCUUAAUUUUACUUAACGGAAACUCCAUAGUUACCGACAUUGGAUGGCCUUAAUACCUCUCAAUCAUUUUCUCAUAAAUGAUGUUCAGAAAUUAUAUCUAAAGGGAGGAUUGAGUGUCUAUGAGGGGGCUCCCAAAAGUCUGUGGGAAAAUUCCAUUAUGUUGGAAUUUCACUUUUCCACAGACCUUUUGAAAGUUGCCUCUUAGAUGCAGUUACUUAUCUUAGGUUUAAGGAUAUGUUUACUUGAGUUUAAAAAACAGGUCAUCCGUCCUUAGGCUCACUUUUUGCAGAAAGUGUGUAAAUAGUAAAAUGGUAACAUUGCCAGUGUUUCCUCAAAACUUUAAACAACUCACUGUUUCAGAACUCUUCAUUAUUGUUACAUUUCCAAAAUGUCAUUACCUUUUAAUUAAUGUGUUAUUUAAAAAAUCAAGUAUAAUUAUUUUAUUGAAACCUAAUACAAUCAAAUUACUCAGUUGCCUUACCUCAUGGGAAUAGUUACUUUUAUAGUUUAAAAAGCUGAGUAGGAAUAUGUUAAUUACUUGUUUUCUCCUUGAUUUUUCUUUAAUGUUAAUACUAUUGGAACCUAAGUGUGUGGUGGAGGACGGAGAAAAUUGUCCUUAUUGCAAUGAAGCUGAGUUUGAUUAUGAAGCUGCUUAAUCACUCUUCAUAUGUUCAGAAUUAUUGUGUGUUCGCACGUGCAUGCACGUGCUUUUUUUUUUCCUUUUUGUCACUGUACAUUAAAAUUUUGGGAAAUGCUUUACUGUGUAAAGUAUAGAUUAUAGAUGGUCAUUGUAAUCAUUCAACCACAUGCGGUUGGCUAGUAAACUGUAUUCUGAUACAAGAAUGCUUGGGUGCAUAUGGAACGAUUGUGAAGGAAUGUGUGUCUUGCAUCAACAGCUGUCUUAAUUUAUGAUAUGUACGUAGAAUAGAGAAAAAUGUUGGAAUCUUUGUUAUUUUUAGUACUUUCUUUAAUAAAGCUAAGUAUUUUAGAGGAAAAUAUUUGUUUAUGUAUUUCCCAACAUCUUAGUUUCACCCUGCUCUUGUUUUAGUUGGCAGAAAUUGUUUUGACAUGGAAGGCAUGUGUGUGUCUAUCAAACAAUCAUUUAUAAGUUUUAAGUGUUUUCGUGUAUUCUGGACCCUAUUAAAUCUUUCUUGUGUUGGUAGAAACAUA